UUGGACUUUCUUCUGUUGUCAAAUGUCAAAGAAAGUUGACAAUUUAUUUUAGAUAUUAUUAUAGGUUCAAAUUUAGGUUAAAAUUUUAAAAAUAAGAGAGAAAUAAAAAUUAUUAUACUGUAUUAACCUUCAACAUGUUUUUAAGAAAGUUUUUUUGUUCAGAAAUAAGCGUCGGUUUUAGAAUAUUUGUUCGAGAUAAGUCUUCUUGGGAUAUAAUAACUGGCGUAUGUGUCGAAAGGCUACCAGUAGUGACACCGCCACUUAAUGAUAUUCAAAAGAAGUUUAAGAAUCUGCAGUGGACCAUUGAAGUAGAAAAAAGUCUUAAGUCAAACCACGAAAUAAGAAAAGAGAACGACAAAAAACAGGCUGAGCUUCUGAAGAAUGAAUCAAUUGAAGUUGAUUUGGACGCUGUCAGUAAAAUUACUGCUCAAGAUUUUGAAGAUGCUUCAAAAGAAGAAUUGGAAAAUUUUAAAUUUGCUGAUAUCGAGACAGAAGCAGAUAAGAGAGGUGACAAAAGUACACAUGACAGGUGUCUUCAGAAGCAUUUGGUGCUUGUAACUCAAGUGAAAUUAGGAAAAGAUGUCAAAACUAUUUUACCACAAGGUGUGUGGACAGAAGGGGAGACAUUGAGACAGACGGCAGAACGAGCACUUUUGGAACAAUGUGGUCCUGAUUUAAAAGUCAAAUUUUUAUCAAAUGCUCCAAGCGGUUUCUACAAAUAUAAAUAUCCUACAGAAAUUAAUGGAAAAAUUGGUGCAAAGGUAUUCUUUUAUUAUGCAAAUUAUAAAGCUGGUGAAAUAAAUAAGGCAUCAAAACCCAACUGGUUAACAAGGAAUGAGAUGACUGAAAUAUUACCAGAAAAAUAUAAUAAAUCUGUACAGAGUUUUUUGAUUGAGGAGACAUAUUAAUUUAAUUAAAAUAUUUAGAAAUCAUAAUAAAUCUAGUUAACUUAUCAA